GAGGAGCUGGAGCGGGACGAGCGCGUCUUCCUGCUGGGCGAGGAGGUGGCCCAGUACGAUGGCGCUUACAAGGUCUCUAGGGGCCUCUGGAAGAAGUACGGGGACAAGAGGGUGAUCGACACCCCGAUAUCAGAGGUGGGCUUCACAGGAAUUGCUGUCGGUGCUGCUAUGGCAGGGUUGAGACCAGUGUGCGAAUUCAUGACGUUCAACUUCUCCAUGCAAGCAAUUGAUCAGGUUAUAAACUCCGCUGCCAAGACCUGUUACAUGUCUGCAGGAUCAAUCGCUGUUCCCAUCGUCUUCCGGGGCCCCAACGGGGCAUCGGCUGGGGGGCCCCCCGCCAACACCCACGCCUCGCUCGCAGCUUGGUACGGGCACUGCCCGGGACUGAAAGUUGUUAGUCCUUGGAGCUCAGAAGAUGCCAAAGGUCUGCUGAAAGCAUCAGUCCGGGACGAUAACCCAGUUGUGAUGCUGGAAAAUGAAUUACUGUAUGGUGUUCCCUUUGAAAUGUCUGAACAGGCACAGUCAAAGGAUUUUGUGGUUCCAAUUGGAAAAGCUAAAAUAGAAAGGCAAGGAACUCAUGUUACAUUAGUGUCACACUCAAGACCUGUCGGACACUGUUUGGAAGCAGCUGCUGUACUUGCCAAAGAAGGUGUAGAGUGUGAGGUUAUAAAUCUGCGUACCAUUCGACCGAUGGAUAUUGAAACAGUGGAAGCCAGCGUUGUAAAGACAAACCAUCUUGUAACUGUAGAAGGAGGUUGGCCGCAAUUCGGAGUAGGAGCUGAAAUCUGUGCCAGGAUCAUGGAAGGAUCUGCUUUUAACUACUUGGAUGCUCCAGCUGUGCGUGUUACCGGUGCAGAUGUUCCUAUGCCUUAUGCAAAAAAUUUAGAAGAUAACUGCAUACCUCAAGUAAAGGAUAUAAUAUUUGCAGUGAAGAAAACUUUGAAUAUCUAAGUUGUAAAUACAUGUUUUAAAGUCCUGCUUUAAAAAGUAUCAGUGGUGUAAGGGCAAGUUGUAUGCAUAACUCUGUUGUAUAGCUACAUGAACUUUUGUACAGUGGGGAAAGUAUAGUGACCUCCCAAAAUAUUUAUAUGGGGUUACCCUCUAAGCCACACUUUGUAUAAGCAACACUGUGUUAAUGCUUGUUCGGUGGGUGAGUGCUAUUGUAUGUGGAGAAAUCAGAUUCGAAAUU